UCUAUGAACCUCCCUAGUUGUUGUACAAUUGUCAAAAACAUAAUUUCCGUAUUUUGUUUAUUUUUUUUAAAUUGGUUGUAUUUAAUUUAACAAUGUGUGGUUUUACCAAAACGCGUAAAAAUAACUUUCACGAGUAUUGUGUUUUGUGCAAUGAUUUUUAACUUAACUUUAAAAGGUUAUGCUUCUUAAAAAAUAACCUAUGUGUUUUGUGCGACUAUUUAGGUAUAAGAGUGUUGUUGUUGGUUUAUAGUGUUAUUGUGCGAGUGAUAUAAGUGAUAUAGUUAUCGUGUCUUGAAUUCAAAGUAUUUUAAUGUCCUUGGUACUUUUAUGAAGUUGCUGAUCGACGCGGGAAGGAAAAAAUAUGUAUCGCAAAUUUUACGAAAAAAACUUAAAAAAUACAAUCACUUGUAAGAUUUGUUUGACAAAAAUGGCUCGAAGUAAUAUGGUUCGACAUUUUAAAUUAAAACAUCAAUUUGAUUUUGUAAAAACUGAAACUAUAAAGAGAAAAAAAUCUUGCUGGACGAGAAAUAAACCUAGCCCUUGGACAAAAUAUAGCAUUGAAGUGGGCAAAAACAAAUUCAAAUGUGUAAUGUGCUCCUAUAUUCUUAAUAUGCCCAAAGCUCAUGGAAACCUGAAGCGUCAUAUUAAAUUUAAGCAUCCAAGAAUUUAUGAAAAGGAAACAAAGGAAAACUUGAAAGCUCUUUUAAAACAAUUAGGUGUAAAUUCAGAGAUGGAAGCAUUGAAAAUAGCUAAAGAUAAUGAAGAACUAAUAGAACAAGCAGGAAAUCUUGAAAAACAUAUUGAUGAAGACAUUGUUGCUGUUAAUACAACAGCAAUUGUAACAAGUGAUUCCAUCAAAGAAAUGAAUCCUAUGAACAAAAGUGAUUCUGAGAAAAAACAUUUAAUAUCUGGCAUAAAUGAAAAUCCAAUCGUACAAGAAAUUACUUAUCGAGAUAAUAAAAUAGAAAAGUUUGGCAAUUUCGAGUAUGUAAACGAAGAUGAUGAAAAGUUCGAAGAGAAAAUCAAAUGGUUAGCUGAUAGAGCCGUACCUGGGAGAAGGUAUUUCAAAACUCGUAUAUGGAAUUUCUUUAACGAAAUCAAAAAGAAUCACCUUUACGAAUGCAAGAUUUGUCGUAGGAAGCUUGCAGGAUGGACUGGCAGCUCCUCGAAUCUUAAGCGUCAUUUAGCCUUAAAACAUGCAAAAGCGUUUGAAAUUAUAUCCAAUAGUCCAAAUUAUACAAAAAUAUCUCAAGGUACUAUUGACAAGCUAGAGAAAUGCAUUAUUGCAUCGAAAGUCAAGACCUUGGAUACAUCAUACUUUGUGAAUCGGGGAGACAAUAAUUACAAAUGUAAGGUUUGCGAUGAAAUGAUAUAUUCGGAUGUGCCAAACAGCAUGAUGUUGUUUAAACAUAUCAACGAAAAGCACACUGAAGAGAUUGUCGGACAUAUUGAAAAAGCAGAUAGCGAUGACCCUGAAAUCAGAGUUGUAUUUCUCAAAAAGAAAGACUUAAGUGUAUCUUAAGAUGUUUUAAAAUAUAACUUAAUAAGUCCCAUGCGAUUACAUUUUUCCAUAAAAAUGUUAAUUUGUAGUUUUAGUCGAUGGCUCUGGAAAGGUUAAACGCCUAAUACUCCAUAAUGAAGGGAGACGUUUUCAGUCCGCUAUCGCCUUGCACAAUCUUGGGCUCUGUUUGGUGUUUGGGCCACUUUCCUUUAGCUUUUAAGCUAUAUUAUUACCAAAUUUAUUGUGUAUAUAAGUUGAUGUAUUCUUAACUUGUAGGUUAAAAUAAUUAAAUAUACAGAAUUGUUAGUGUCGAGGUUUUAUUCAUAUUUAUAAAUAUUAAUACAAGAAUAAUACGUAAUAUAAAAAUAUAUACGUCAGUAGAAGGAAUAAUGUUUUGUGCUUUGCUUAUCACUAUUUUAAAUAUUCAAACCAUCGCUACAAAUACGCAUAUAAACGCUUUUCACCCUUUUGAAAGAAAAAAGAUGAGAUCCAUAUUGUAACACGCUUUGUAU